GUUACGCGUGAUAAAACUUUUGUCUACUGAUUGGCCCUUACGUAUAAAUGUUGGAAUAGACUCUCUUCUUUCUCGAACGGACGUGGUAUAUCAUUUGUAUUACACACGGAACUGGUAUAGAACAAUUAGAGAGGCGUUGAGUUCUGGCCCGCUCCCCUCAUCUUUUCUCUCACAACUCGCAACAAUGGACAGCCAGAAAAAUAUUGCGAGCCCCGAGGAGUAUCAGGCUGCUCGAUCUCGUCUUCUAAAGCAGGAGAAAGAGGCAACGCGCCUGCUACAGGAGCUCGCCGUGGUGCGUCGUCAGUUGCCUAUGGUGCGCAUCCACGACCCAGAGAGGUUCCAAUUCGACACACCCGACGGAGUGAAAAGCCUAACAGAUCUAUUUGAUGGGCGCAAACAGCUCAUUCUCUACCAUUUUAUGCUGGGACCCCACGAGACUCAGGGCUGCGUGGGUUGCUCAUUCUGCAUGGACCAUAUUCCCGAUCUCCGCCACCUGUGGAGCAGGGAUACGUCUUUCGUUGCUGUGGCUACCGCGCCCUUGUCUGAAAUCACCGCCUAUGGUAAUCGGAUGGGCUGGAAGUUCCCCUUUUAUAGUUCUGCGAAAACUCAUGAAGCAUGGGCCGAGGCCGAGGGACAGGGAGAAAUUAUCACCUGGAAACCCGGGAAUGGCUACUUCGGGCUAUGUUCGUUUUUCAAAGAAGGCGACGAGGUCUUUCACACCUAUGAUACCUCGUCUCGUGGCUUGGAGAUCAUCCUGCCCACCUAUCACCUGCUGGAUAUGACGCUGAUGGGUCGCCAGGAGGUGGGAAAUGGAAUGAAUGACUUCCGCCGUCACGAUGAGUACUAAAUUGAGAAGACAUAGAAACAAAAGCUCGUCAAUUUACCCUCAAGGCCGACCUUUUGCUUCCAGCUCUCCCCCUUCCCCGCCCUUUCGCUGUAUUCUAGCGACAGCUAUCUACUGCGGGUUUCCUCUCCGCCUGCGUCCGCUGUGUAGGAACGUAAACGUUGUUCUUUAGCAGCCCCUAUCCCUACGAGUCUCCUCAUCUGCCUCCUGACUUGCUCUUAUCAUGAUCUAGAUCUGUACUCCACCGAUAGCAUAUAUAGCCCCGAAUAUUGAUAUGUCACUAGA